AUGUCAGUUCGUCCAGAUCUUCACCAGCACUAUGUGCGGGCCUGCCAAAACUUGGGCCAACCCGAAAACCCCUUCAUUGCUCAUGUGCUUCAAGAAGCCGAUAAAAAUGAUAAAAUCAGGUGGACAAAAGGGAUCACAUUAAAAGUAGCUGGAAAUAAUCAUCUAGUGCCUGUGCAGAGAGUUACAGAUUACGAUCUUCAAGUUCUUGCCUCUGUCUUGCACAAUACUGUAUUUGUCACAGGUUUGGAUCUUAGGUGUAAUGUUUUGACUGAUGCUGGAGCAAAGCACAUGGCAACAUUCCUCCAGGAAAACUCCACUCUGCGGUACCUUAACCUGAUGUUUAAUGACAUUGGCACAAGUGGAGCAGAGCUGAUAGCAAGAGCACUCCAUAGGAAUGAAACUCUUGUGUAUUUGAGAAUGACUGGAAACAAAAUAGGAAACAAAGGUGGAAUGUUCUUUGCUUCAAUGCUACAAAUUAAUUCAACCUUAGAGAAGCUGGAUCUUGGAGACUGCGAUAUGGGUACGCAGUGUCUAAUAGCAAUAGCAACAGCCCUGACUCAGAACAGAUCAGUCAAAGCAAUAAACCUAAAUCGUCCUUUACUGUACAGCCAAGCGGAAGAGACCAGCGUUCAUGUAGCUCUGAUGUUGAAAAAUAACUCUUCUCUCGUGGAACUACACUUGUGCAAGCAUGAAAUGAAAAACUUUGGUGUAGAGCGACUGUGUGAAGCAUUGUAUGAAAACUCCAGCCUGAGAUACCUUGAUCUUAGCUGUAAUAAAAUAACCCAUGAUGGUGUAAAAUUUUUGGGAGAACUACUAAAACAAAACCAAACCCUGGAAAUCCUAGAUCUUAAUGCAAACCGAAUAGAAGAUGAUGGAGCCAUCUACCUGAGUGAAGCCUUGGCUUUGUACAACAGGACUCUUCAAGCGUUGUCAGUAGUAAGCAACAAUAUAAGUGGCAAAGGACUUUUAGCUCUUUCAGAUGCAAUGAAAACAAACAUGGAACUUUCCUAUAUUUACAUUUGGGGGAACAAAUGUGAUGAAGCCACCUGUAGGGCAUUUUCAGAAUUAAUUCAGACGGGCCGCUUGAAACUUAAUUGUACAGACGUGGAACCCUACGAAGUGGAUGGGCACGUUCACCUUGCAGAGCUCUCCCAUGGCCUUAAGAAGCAUUACUACUGGACACCAAGUUGUGAGGAGGCAACCGACAAAGAUGCUAAUGCCAGCCUGGCAAUUGUAGCUGUGUCAGAGCACUUGUGA